AUGUCACAACCUAAUGUCAAUGAACGCAUUCAAAUCGACACAAGCGAUGAAGAUUCCCUCUUCGAAACCCAAACCCUCGCAGGCUCAAACCUCUCCUUUGCCUCCUCCGUCCGAGAUUACACCUAUGAAAACGGCCGCCGCUACCACGCAUACCGAAAUGGCCAAUACCCCUUCCCGAACGACGAAGAAGAACAAGACCGCCUAGCACUCCUACACCACCUCUUCAAACUGCUCACAGGUGGUGAUCUGCACCGAGCACCAAUACACAACACCAGCCCACGCCGCAUUCUAGACAUCGGCACCGGCACUGGCGAAUGGGCCCUGGAAAUGGCCGAAGACAACCCGCAGGCGGAUAUCAUCGGAACAGAUCUCAGCCCCAUCCAGCCGAACUGGGCGCCGCCCAAUUGUCGCUUCUUUAUCGAUGACGUGGAGAGUGAUUGGACUUUCUCGCCCGAGGAACCAUUCGACUAUAUCCAUUCAAGGUCUAUGAGCGGUGGCAUCGAAGAUUGGCCAAGGCUGCUUAAGCAGAUUUAUCAGCAUCUGAAGCCGGGCGGCUGGUUCGAGGUGCAGGAGUUUGAGCCUUCGGUGCAUUCUGAUGAUGGGUCCCAUGAGCACGCUACUGCUAUUUCUAACUGGCAUGACUUGUUGGAACAGGCUUGUGAGAAGUUUGGGAAGCCAAUAAAUAUCGCGACGAAGAUGUCGCGCUGGAUGGCUGAACAGGGGUUUGCGAAUAUUACUGAUGAUGUCUAUAAAUGUCCUAUGGGUGGCUGGGCCAAGAAUCGCCGCUACAAAGAACUCGGCCGCGUCGGCAAGAUGGUUGGCUUGGAAGCCAUUGAGCCGUACUCAAUAGCUCUCUUCACUCGAAUCAUGGGAUUCACGUACCAGGAGGCUCAGGAGUAUCUGGAUAAGGUGUGGGCGGAGUUGGCGUGCAACAAGCACCAUCUCUAUGUGCGCUUCCACUUUAUCUACGGGCAACGGCCUUUCGACGAUGAAACCACCAGUUCUGAGGCGUCCUGA